AUGGCCGACGCGAUGCCGUACCGCACGGGAGGCAGCCACCCGGAAAAGGCCCGACUGGUCUUCAACGCGCAGUUGCACCAGCACCUCCGGAGUUUCGCCAAGCAGCGCGAGUCCGCGACGGCUCCGGGCGCUCCAACGAUCUCGAGCAACGGCAGCAUGCGGCCCACGCAGUCGAUGGGACCCAGUGGAGCCAGUCGCUCUUCGGACGUGAAUGGCUGGACCGUGGAGAAGAAGUUGAUGGCGCUCUUGGAGCUGCUGGAGCUGCUUCGUCGUCCGUUCUUUUUCUACUUGGACUUUGGCACGGCUGCAGCAGCUGAAGCUUCGAAUGGAGGCAGCGCAGGGGCGUCAGGGGACCGGAAACUCACGUACCACUCGUACUUUAACAAGAUGUUGCCACUCCAUGUGGGGCAGACGGUGCUGCUUGACUUGUGGGACUAUUUCAUGAAGGCGGUUGAUCGCUUGCCGACGCAUAGCCAUUACCGGUCUCUGUAUCUCCAGGCAGCAGUGUACAUCUGUCGUCGUGUCGAGUUUAUUGAAGGGUACCCGCUGGACGGGCAGCAGGUACAUCUGGACUCGCUUGUGUCACGACGGUACAUUGGAUUGUUGGAACGAAGUGUGCGCUUCUGCUCGGCCAAGAUCCGCUCGGCUCGCUUCAUGGCAGGAGAGUACCGAUUUUUUGCGGUACAUGUUUACACUGCAGUGUACUUUCGCUUCCCGUUUGCCACGCCCAAGUUACUUGAAGCGGUGUUGCAGAGCACUGAAAAGCUAGAAGGGGUCGGAAAUGAUGUCGAUAGCCACGGGACGAAAGGCGGAAUAGACAAAGUGUCGAAUGGAAGUUCGAAUGGGGUGAAGAGUACUGCGCAUCCUGUCAAGACAAAGCGCCGGUACUGUGGAAGUAGUGUCGGAAAUUUGCGCAGUCCUCGGCAGUACCGCCGCCACUGGAACGAUCUCUCGGAAUCUAGGUGCCGGCCUGACCGGAUCAGUGGCGUCGACUUGCAGCUUGAGCUGUUUUCUUCAUUUUCAGAAUACAAAUCGAAGCGAGGCACAGAUCGACUGGUCGUGCCUGUAAAAGGUUCGAGUACACCGGGCAUUCCACAGGAUUUGUUACAAAAAAGCGGUAGCAACAAAUCUGUUGCCGUGGCACUAGAAGCUGCGUUUCAGCUGGGCAUGAACCGAGUCGGAGAGGAGCAAGAAGUGACUUUUAUUUAUCAGCUACCUUUGCUGUACAUCGGACACAAGCUGCAGAAUGACGCGUUUGUGAAGAUGAAAGUGACGACACCAGACAAGAUAGAUGCCGGGUUGGACCCGUUCAUAGAGCGAAUGAAAUCACCGGGUAAGGAUGACCUCAUGGCUGUAGCGUUCGUGGCCGCUGUACUGAGCGAUGUGAGUAGUUGGUGCAAUCAUCGCUAUGCAGAUGGUCGGAUUUUGUGGCAUUGCGUGCCCGGCUACUUUGCCCUUAUUCGCCUCUACGUGGCCGUGUUCCAGCGUAUGUGCCAAAGGCGAUCGCGGUCUAGUGCGAAUUCUUCAUCGAUGCCUUCUGUGCUUCGCAUCCUUUCUAUUAUCGAGGGCAAGACGAGCGAUCCAUGGGAAGACUAUUGGAAUGAGCGCGAGAUUGACACUGUGCUGGAGGCUGGCAGUGAAGUACUGAAGAAUGAAGCGCUGGUGAACGUGCUUAUGCAGAUAGUCUUGGAGGGCACGAACAUCCUCGACCCUGCAAGUGUCAACUACUCGUUCGGUAUCUUGCAACGAGUGCUUGAGAUAGCCUCGAUAGCCACACUGCCGGCAGCAACCGAAGCUGGGUUACACUGUGGGAAAUUCGGCGGUCGUGUCCGCCGCUGCCUCGGGUCAGCAUUUGAUGGAGACUACUUUCUGAAAUGCAUGCGCAGCGCCUUGCAGUCUUCGCAUGUGCAAACGGUACUGAAAGUGCUUACAUGUAUCUACAACUGCAUCGACUUGUUGCCGACUACUGUCCGCAAGCGGCUUGUCACGGAACUGAUACUGCGCGACAAUUUCUUUCACUUCUUUUUGCAUUGGAACGAAGAGAUCCGGAAGAUCUUCUGCUACAUGAUCGUGUUCAAGACGUCAACAUCGAAUCGGCUCGACCUCCCAAGCGCAUCAGAUCGAGUUCUUCUUGCGCAGACUCCGUUUUUUGAGGUCGGCUCGACCUGGUCCAACGGCUCAAGCCUGUCGGCCGCAUCGCCUGCACUUAGUUACCUGAGUCAUUUGAGCGAGUUGGCUCAAGCCAUGUUACGGCCUACUGAGGACAGCGAGAUCGAUCCUGCGAAGAGAGCAGCAGUCGGCAAGAAGGCGCUCCAACGCCUCACAAACUGGGACGCAAGCGCGCGGCUGAAGCGCACCCGGAGUGGUGGUGAUGCCGUUUUCCGAGACAGCCUUGUCGACGAGGAACUGUCCGUGGAUUUGUCUAUUGCCAGCAAGCUUGACGCGAAUCUCAAAAUGGUCGCCGAGCAAAUGGAUCCAGGCAAGCACCGUACUGCGUAUUUUCCUCGGCAGUUGGAGUCAUACGCCGAGCGCGCAUUAUCACAAUACGUGUUGGUGUUGUGGGAGUACUACGAAGUGGCCUUUGAGAACCCAGCCAAGACGCCAGUCGCACCAUCAUUGGAGUUCACGAUAUCUGUGCCAUUUUUCUCCGAUUAA